CGCAUGAUGGUGGGUGGUGUGACUGGUCUCGAUCGUUCUUGGUGAAUCAGUGCUGUACUAUGGAACGCAAGCGUAUCCGCGUUUCUGCACUGUAUUCCGGGAAGAAAUUUUGACUUGAAAGCGUCUGUUUAACUAGGUAACCGUAUUUUUAUAAGCAGAAGGCCAAACAUGAACCGUAUGUUAACGUUUCUACCAAAACCUGACUGCUGCAAGUUCUCGGAAGUAUGAGGCUGCACUGGCAUGGCCGAUGACGACGACUAUGACUUCUCCGGCCUAUCCGUUGCUGGGCAAUACGACAUCGAAGCAUCCGUGCUCGCCGACUGGAGGUCGCAGAACGAAGAGGAGGACGACGAUGAUUACUCCUACUUUUGGCCCGAUCAUCCUCCGUAUGACAUUGAAGAGAAACUACGCGAAAUCAACAAGGUGCACGAGGAGGACGAAACCCCCGUGGAGAGCAACCGGCCGAGAAAAAUCAAGUUCAACAACAGGGUGCAGAUGCGUGCCAUCUCUAUGCGACGAAUCCCGCCGCCAACAGAUGAGAACGACGACGAGGAUGAGCCAUUCGACUUGAACAAGUACGAAACGGAUGAGAAGGUAGCUGAUAUCGAGACCUCCAUCAGCGCGCCACCACACCCGAUGCCGAAGGUUCCCGAUCCUCCUAAGAGCUCGCACGUUCCACUCCCCUCAACGCACGUCUCCACCAUCAGCGGCUCUGUUGCGGGCAUGUCGCCGACGGCGGCCGCCGGCGUCCACCGCAAGACCAAGAUUCAGAGCAGGACGACCAUGUCAAGGAGUGGCCAUGGGGUGUCGAAGUCAGUGGGUGGCGCGUCCACAAGUACGUAUGCUUAUAGGGGGGCUCAUGCCAGCAACGUUCGGCGGGGUUUUAGUGACUCUCAAAAUUUACAGUCUCCAGACGAGUUGGCCGACGAUUGCCUGUCUGUUCUGUCGCUGACGGACGACGACGCCGACUGCGUGGUGCGGCCGGCCCGCUCGGACACCGGCUAUAGCAGCAUGACGCCGGUCGAGGAACCGCCUGAGCUGGAGCGGGACCCGCAGAUGGAGCCGGUGCUGGAGCCGAAGCCGGCGCCGGAGCCUGUUCUAGAGCCAGAGCCGGUACUGGAACUGGAGCCAGUGCGGAAGCCGGAGCCAGUACGGCGGCCGGAGCCGGAGCUGCAGUCGCAGCCGCGCACCGAGUGGCGGGCGGUGCGGCAGUUGAAGCCGACGGCUGUGCGGAGUAGCCAGACGCAGACGGAGCGGGAGGAUCCGGCGCGCGGUUGCACCGCCCCGGCACCGUCCGACGACGACCCUGAGCCGGACGCCGGCGCCCGCGCCUCAUCAGGCCAGGAUGAGCUGGACCUGGCGAGAGAUAAGUGCGGCCAACAGCUGCCGCAGCAGCGCAAGGAUGGUGGGGGCGAGGAAGACCAACCAGGCAACGCCAACGCUCUUGAGAAUAUGGCUUUGUCUGUACGUGGUAGUCGUGACACUCGAGCAGGCCAGCAGGUCCAAAGCCAGGGCAAGGCGGAUAUCCAGGCUCGCAGCGACGAUGUUGGCCCGUGUCAGCAGUCGGACGCCCGCAAAACGGACAGCCCGAAGUCUGUGGACAGCGCCGUGGAGUCUAUGGACGACCACACUUCCACCAGCCGUGAAUCGAGCACCGACGGCUGGUCCGGAGACGGCCUGGAGCCGCCGCCGACGUCGCCACAGGCCUCGCAGCAGCAGUCUCUCGGUCUGACGGGCACCCAACACCAAAUCACCACCAUGCCGCGACAUAAGAGGAAGCGGGACCCGUCGAAGGGCGCGAGCCCCGUGGCCGCCGCCAGCCGCCGGGCUCCGCGUGUCGCCACCUCGCCGAAGCCUGCUACGGCGGCUCCUGUGGCCUCCAUCAGGGGGGCUGGCUGA